AUGGCCAAAUCUCUCUUCUUCUUCUUCAUGUUCCAUCUAACCCUCUUCAUCUCCAUAUCCUCUUCAACCCCUAACCCUGACAAUUCUUCUUCUUCACUAUCAUCCACCCCACUAACCGCUCACUCUGUACUUACCCACCACGGUUUUCCGAUCGGACUACUCCCCACCGAUGUUCUUUCCUAUGACCUGAACCAUACUUCCGGCGAGUUCUCCGUCAACCUAGGCUACCCUUGCCGCCUUAUCCUUCCACCUGAUAACUACCUCGCUACCUACUCGAAGAAAGUCACUGGUAAGUUGGGAUGGUUACUGCUAAGUAUCCUUCCAAGAACUUUGAUGAAGUUCCUCAAUGCGUGGGAAAAAAACACUCGUCUUCUUGAAAGGCAUUCUGAUAACUGCUGCAUUGAUGGAUUAAUUUAUUGUAUGAAGAAUUCUCUCUUAUUAUGCAAGAGGAAGUAUGAAGGAGUUAUCAGCAGUUAUUUAUUCUGAAAAUUAAGGUUACAACUUACAAACAAUAUCUAUGUCUUUGAUGUUAUGUUGUUCUACUGUAAAGAUAGAAAUGUACCUAAAUCCAUAAACGUUGUUCUUAAUUUGUUUAGUAUUAAAGAUGUUCUACUAUUAUAUGCGUUGUCUAGGGUAAAAUUGCAAGAAAUAACAAUGUACUUUCAUUGAUUUGUUUAU